AGAAAAAAGUGGGCAUUUUUGUAAUUUUACAAUACAAUCGAAUCACCCCAGUUGGAGACCUCUUUGGUGUGUUGUUAGCACUGCAUAUUUUGCCAGUCUAUCUCUUAUGCUCAUUACUUGUCCACAAAUUAAAUCAUACCUCUCUCUCUCUCCUCUUCAAACUUAUCCCAAGAGAAGAAUGGCCAACACUAGACAAACCAACUUACUCUUGCUGCUCUUCACCUUAAUUUGUGCUGCACUUGCCAUACAAGGGUCCAGAAUUCAAGCUGAAAGAGAAUUUCACCAGCAGGGAAGCAGCGAAAAAUGGAUGAACAGUAAUGCAAGAAGGUUGAUGAUAGGAUCAACGGCACCAACUUGCACAUACAAUGAAUGCAGAGGUUGCAAGUAUAAGUGUAGAGCAGAGCAAGUCCCUGUAGAGGGAAACGACCCCAUCAGUAGUCCAUAUCACUACAAAUGUGUUUGCCAUAG